CAGCCAGUCGCCACCCACCACCACCUCGCCAUUGACGGCCCCAACAAGGUGAAAGGUGAGCUCGCUCGCUAGCUGCGCCUGCCGCCAUGGAGAACGGUGCCGGCGGUGAGGAGGAGUACACGCGGGACGGCUCCGUCGACCUCCGCGGCAACCCGGUGCUCCGGUCCAGGCGCGGGGGCUGGAGAGCCUGCUCCUUCAUCGUCGUGUACGAGCUGUUCGAGAGGAUGGCGUACUACGGGAUAGCGUCGAACCUGGUGAUAUACCUGACGGAGAAGCUGCACCAGGGCACCGUGGAGGCGGCCAACAACGUCACCAACUGGUCCGGGACCGUCUUCAUCACGCCGCUCAUCGGCGCCGUCGUCGCCGACGCCUACCUCGGCCGCUACUGGACCUUCGUCGCCGGCUCCGCCGUCUACCUCAUGGGCAUGCUGCUGCUGACUCUGGCGGUGUCGGUGCCAGCACUGAAGCCGCCGGCGUGCGACGGCGUCGCCGUCGGAGCCGCCUGCCCGCGCGCCUCCGCGCUCCAGCUUGGCGUCUACUUCGGCGGGCUGUACAUCAUCGCGCUCGGCCACGGCGGCACGAAACCGAACAUCUCCACCAUCGGCGCCGACCAGUUCGACGACUUCCACCCGCCGGAGAAGCUGCAGAAGCUCUCCUUCUUCAACUGGUGGAUGUUCACCAUAUUCCUCGGCAUCCUCUUCUCCACCACCGUCCUCGUCUACCUCCAGGACAACGUCAGCUGGACGGUCGGCUACGGCAUCCCCACGCUCGGGCUGAUGAUCUCCGUCGUCGUCUUCCUCGCCGGCACGCCGCUGUACCGCCACAAGGUGCCUCAGGGCAGCCCGCUCGCGACGAUGGGGAGGGUGAUUGCCGCGGCCGUGUGGAAGUGCCGCGUCCCGGUUCCCGCCGACUCGAAGGAGCUGCACGAGCUGGAGCUGGAGCACUACACGAGCAGGCGCGGGUUCCGGAUGGACACGACGAGCUCCAUGGCGUUCCUGAACAAGGCGGCGGUGAAGUCUGCCGCCGGAGGGUCCGCGGCGCGGCUGCCCGGGUGGACCCUGUGCACGGUGACGCAGGUGGAGGAGACGAAGCAGAUCGUGAAGCUGGUGCCGCUGCUCGCCACCAUGGUCGUGCCGUGCACGCUGGUGGCGCAGGCGGGCACGCUGUUCGUCAAGCAGGGAGUGACGCUGGACCGCCACAUCGGCAAGUUCCACGUGCCGCCGGCGAGCCUGGGCGCGUUCGUGACGGCGUCCAUGCUCGUCUGCAUCGUGCUCUACGACCGGUUCCUCGUCCCCGCCGUCCGCCGGCGCACCAAGAACCCGAGAGGGAUCACGCUGCUGCAGCGGAUCAGCCUGGGCAUGCUGCUCCAAAUCGUAACAAUGGUGGUCACGUCGGUGGUCGAGAGCCAACGGCUGAGCUAUGCGCGGAGGCACGGCCUCGUCGCCACCGGCGGGCAGCUGCCGCUGACGAUCUUCAUCCUCCUGCCGCAGUUCGUGCUGAUGGGCGUCGCCGACGCGUUCCUGGUGGUGGGCCAGAUCGAGUUCUUCUACGACCAGGCGCCGGAGAGCAUGAAGAGCCUCGGCACGGCGAUGUCGCUGACGGCGUAUGGCGCCGGGAACCUGCUGAGCAGCGCCAUCCUCACCCUGGUGGAGCGCGUCACCGGCGAGAAGGGGGCGCCGUGGGUGACGAACAACCUCAACGCCUCGCGGCUCGACUACUACUACGCGUUCCUCGGCACCCUCGGCGCGGUGAACCUGCUGGCGUUCGUCGUGCUCAGCUGCAAGUACUCGUACCGCGUCGAGUCGACGGAGACGAUCGACGUCGCCAUGGCCGAAGUGCAGGCACGGCGAGGGUGAGCUCAGAGGCAGCCCCAAUGGCAGCAUGAGACUAUGAGAGCACCCUUUUCCGUUUGUGUCAUGUGACCAUGUUCUAUAGAAACUAAGGAUACUGAUAAUAUAUAAUCACAUUUCACA